CCCCUGCCUCCUAUGGAGCCUCAGACCCUAAAUGAAGAGAUGGGGGUGGACGCAGACCUCCUGAUUGAGGCAGGAGGUGAGAAAUAAUGCGGGAUGGACCACCUCUGCCUGGCUCUCCCCCCCUCAUUUCCGCGCGCUAAUGGUGCCUUCCGUCUCUCUCUCCCUCAGUGGUGCCUGCUGCAGUAUAAGUCAAAGCCUGCGCUGUUCGCUCUCUGACACACACACACACACAGGCGCACACACACACACACAUAGGCACAGGCACACUGACUCAAGCAUUGAGCGAGAGUAAGAGAGAGAGAGAGAGAGAGAGAGAGGGGGAGGGAUAGAGAGAGGCGCGUGCACACACAUACCCGCGUGCGCUCGUACGCAUAAAUCCUCUUACGGCUGGCUGAUGCCCAAGGCAGAUUAGACUCAGUAGGCUGCAGCGCUGCAACUCACGGCUCCCUUCCUCCCCCGAGCGUGCCACUCUCGCGCUCCGUCUCCGAGGCUGCUCUCGCCCGCCGCUCUCUCUCUCCGGCUCUCCGCCACCUCCUCCACGACGCGGCUUCCUCCUCCUCCUCCUCCUCUUCCUCCACCACCUGCUCCUCCUCUUCUUAUUAUUCUUUUUCUUCUUCUUCAGCUGUUUUUUUUCCCCCUUUGUCCUUUCCGGGGCUCUGAGCGUUUCUCUCACUCCGUUUUUUUUAUCCCUCCACUGGCGGAUCUCUCCAUCUGCUCUGCACCUGCUACUUCCUCCUCCUCUUCUUCUUCUUCUUCUUCUUCUGUUCCUCCCGUCUGCUGCUGCUGCUGCUGCUGCUGAAGCUGGGUCCUUCCUCCACUCUUCUGACCAAGCGUCCGCUACCGCUAACCCCCACCCCCCACCCCCCCACCCCACCACGGCUGCGGAGAUGACCGGACAGCCAGCGUGAGGGGUAAGAAAGACAAGAAGACGAAGAAGAACACAAUAAAGAGAAGGAAACAGAGGACUAGACAGAGUGAUCGAUAGAUAGAUAAAGGGAUAGAUUACUUUCCUUCCCACCUCUUCUCAGAGCCGCAAGCAUCUGGAGAGGUGGGGUGGGGGGGGGGGUAGAGAAGAGACGGGGGUCAGAAGCCCAGGCAGCAGGCUCGGAGCGAAGGAAUAGAGAAGGAAGGGAGGGGGGGAAAAGAGAAGGAGAGAGAGAGAGAGAGAGGUGGAAGAGGAGACAGCGAUCACCCUCCGCUAGGGAAGAAGAAGAAAGAGUGAUAGACAGUAGUAGAGAAGUAGAGAGGAACAGGAGAAAGAGAGAGAGAGAGGGAGAGGAGAGGAGAGAAGAGGAUCCUGAGUGUUAACCAUGAAGGCACUGCUGCUGCUGGUGCUACCUUGGCUUAGCCCGGCCAACUACACAGACAAUCUGGGCAACCUGCACAUCCUCUACUCAGAACUGUGCAAAGGCGCAUCCCACUAUGGCCUCAACGCCGACCGAAAGCGACGGUCCCAGGAGGGAGACUGCCUGGACAGCACGUCCGAGCUCACCGUGGCGACGCUGCCCGGCGAGGGAAGUCCCGCCUCUGCUGCCGUGGCCCUCCUAUCAGACGAGCCCGGCCUGGUCAACCCCGCCUUCGAGCCCAGCGUGGAGGACAACAGCCAAUCAGGAAGUACGACCAGCCUGACCGCUCGCAGCAACUCCAAGAAGAGUGAGUUCCGUAACUUUGACCGGGCGUCGGUGAGGAGUCGCUCGUUCCGGCGGCUCAACCGAGCCUUCAGCGUCCUGCGGAGGACCAAGAGUGGCACGGCCGUGGUCAACGAGAGCUCCGAGGAGCGGGACAACCUCAGGAACUCCAGCGUGCCCCCAGAAGUCUUGGCUCUGCCUCAGCUGCAUCACCUGAUUCCUGAUGGGGAGAUCACCAGCAUUAAGAUCUACCGGGCCGACCCCUAUGAGCCGCUGGCCAUCAGCAUCGUCGGGGGCAACGAGACGCCCCUGGUGCGCAUCCUCAUCCAGGACAUCUACAGAGAGGGGGUCAUCGCCCGCGACGGCCGCCUCCUGCCUGGGGACAUGAUUCUCAAGGUGAAUGGCAUCGACAUCAGCAACGUGCCGCACAUCUACGCCCUGGCAGCGCUCAAGCACCCGUGCCAGCUGCUCCGCCUGACGGUGCUCCGUGAGCAGCGCUACCGCUACCGUUCCAGCUCGCACCACCACCACUACGGCCACGGGCACCACGCCGGGCACCACCACGGGCACCACGGCGGCCCGCCGCCCCACGAGCCCUUCUCGCCCAACCAGCCUCCGCCGCCGCCGCCUCCGGUGCUGCGCGACGACAGCCUGCACGUGGUGCUGGUCAAGAGCGUGCCGGACGAGCAGCUGGGCAUCAAGCUGGUGCGCCGGCCAGACGAGCACGGCGUCUUCGUCUUCCACCUGCUGGAGGGCGGCCUGGCGGCGCGCGACGGACGCCUGAGGGUGGACGACCGCGUGCUCGCCGUCAACGGCCACGACCUGCGCUACGGCGCGCCCGAGCACGCUGCGCUUCUCAUACAGGCGAGUCAGGACCGGGUCCAUUUUGUAGUGUCUCGUCAUACCCAGAUCCCGACCCCAGACAUCCUGUCCGAAGCCCCCUGGGGUAUGGAUGGACCACCACCCUACUCCCCUGUGGACAUAGAGCAUAGCCUGCUGGACGCAUGCCAGAAGCCAAGCUGCUAUGAGAAGACAGUGACCUUGACCAAGGAGCCGCAUGACUCCCUGGGGAUGACGGUGGCCGGCGGCAUGUCCAGCCGCGGCUGGGACCUCCCUAUCUACGUCACCAACAUCGACCCCAACGGAGUGGUCAGCCAUGAGGGCUCCAUCCGCAAAGGUGACAUCCUGCUGAACGUGAACGGCGUGGAGCUGACAGGUGUGACGCGUGGCGAGGCGGUGGCCAACCUGAAGAACACCUCGUCGCCGGUGGUGCUGCGCGUGCUGGAGAUGCGGCCGCCGGACGAGAGCUGCCUGGAGAGCAUGCCGCCGCUGCUCUCGCCCUCGUCCUCCGUCUCGCCCUCCUCGCCCGCCGACGCCAAGCUGCCGCCGCUGCCCAACGACGACUACUCGCCCCUCUGGGUCUCCUGGCUGCAGCUGCCCAGGCACCUGUACUGCUGUAAGGACAUCAUCUUGCGCCGGAGCACGGCCGGCAGUCUGGGCUUCAGCAUCGUGGGCGGCCAGGAGGAGGUCAACUGCAACCAGUCCUUCUUCAUCCGCUCCAUAGUGGAGGGGACGCCCGCGUAUAACGACGGGAGAAUACGGUGUGGGGACAUCUUGCUGGAGGUGAAUGGGAAGAGCACCUGGGGAAUGAGCCACACCGCCCUGGUCCGGCUGCUGAAAGAGCUCCGUGGUCGGAUCACCCUCACCAUCGUGUCCUGGCCCGGGAGCCUGCUAUAGGACGAGGGCCCGCCACAGGACGAGGGGCAUGAACUUAACACUUUCAAACCUGCUGAGGAGAGAGGGGUGUGGAGCGUAGUCGUACACUGACCCUGCCUGCUGGAGCCAUUGGCAGAGGGCCUCUGGAUAUAAACUUCUCCGAGCUUGUAAAAUGGACCCUGCCUCACAGGACGGGGCUCCUGAUUAGCCCUGACCACCCCCCCCCCCCCCCCCAAAAAAAAGGGGGGUGCAGGACAUGUGACAUGGACCUUGCUCAGGAAGGUGGGACUUGACAAAAGACAGGUACCCGUGUAAAGAGGACACAGGAUUUAACUACGGACACUACUGACGAGAGAUCGAGUUUAGGCCAUGGACAUUUCUUCAGGAAAAACAAAGGCAUCGUACAAUGCGGAUCGCAACCGGAGGAAGAACUUGCUCUUCGACCUUGGAUAUGACUUCAGCGGUCCGAGCCACUUACUCCAGAUCUCAACCUUCUAAGGAAAGGUCAAGUGCACGGACCCCCCCACAAUUAAGGGGAAGUGACCAUCAUCUUAGACAUUUUGAGGGAGGGGGGGGGGGGGGGGUGGAAUUGGGGUGCUUGCAGCAUGGUAAUCAACCCCGGAGAGUGGAUCCAAUGACAGCAGACAGAUGCUGCUGCUCUGCCUCUCGGGGAGGGGCUUGCAAAACCAAUCCUGCUGAUCCGGGGAGGGGUGGUUGGGGCAGGGCUGGGGGGGGAUGGGCUUGCAGGUAGAUCUAGUCACACUUUAGGUGCACAGCUUUCUGAUCUCCCCCUUGAACACUGUGCUCAGUGCAUCUGAGCGUGCCCUUCACCCACACAGCAGAGGGCAGGAGAGGAAGAGAGGAGAGUGGUGAGAGGGACGAGUGUGUAAAGCAGCAUUUGGAGUGCUGGCAGAGAAAGAGAAAGAGAGAGAAAGAGAGAGAGGGGAUUUGGGGGAGGAGGGGGCACACAAGUUGCCAACUUGAUUAGUUUGACGUUAGAAAAAAAAAACGCGUUUGAGUCAUGUUUCGUUAUUGUAAAUGUUGAUGUCGGGGAAAAAAAAAUAUGAGUACAAAUCUAAGCACUUGUAUUGUUGUUUAUUUUUCAUUUGUUUAGUUUGUUUCGCUGCUUCUUUUCUGUUUCUAUGGCCUUUGGAUACAAGCUUUGUUUCAUGCUGUUAAUAACAGUGGUUGUUUCAUUUCUCCUUUGUCUUGCUUUCAAGAUCAAGGACACAUUAUUUUGCCAAGUAGUUCUGUCUGUGUUGGUAUGUUCUCAGACGCUGUGGCUUAAAACAAACAAACAAAAAAAGGUAUUCUCAAACCACUGGCGAUGUAGCGUUUAAAAAAAAAUUAUAUAUAGACAAAAAAUAAAGAAAAAAAUGUGUUCAUAAUAUCGUUAAAAAAAGAAUGGUAUUACUACUAACUCUACAGAGGUGAGAUUGUGGAGGCCUUACUGAUUUUCCUACCUUUGGAGGGGAGCUGUGUCGGAGAGAAGCAGGGGCCAGUGGGUCUGUUGGUCAGUGUCUGCAUCUCCAUGUGUGGCUCUUGUUUGCCUGUGGACCUAUCUGUGUCUCGCGUCUCGGCCUGUGUAGUAUAUUGUAACUGAUGGUACCUUUGGUAAAUGAUCAAUAAACUCGUUCUACAAGG